CUCGCGCAGCCGUCGUCAACACAACUGGAGGAAAUAAGGAGAAGCUAGCAUGGCUAACAAACACUAACGGCUACCGCUAAAACCGCGUUAACUAUUUAUAAUAACUCAACCAAACGCUGUGUUUGUCUUUUAUCGACUUAUGAACGGGGCCAUUUUGUGGCAGUUUCAGUUACCAUGGAAUAAGAGAGGACAAUGUUUAGCUAGGUAGCUUGCUAACUUUUAAUGCUAGCAUGCUAACGAUCAGCUGUUGUUUUGGUCGGAGAGCUAGCUAACCGCUUAGCAUUACAGACACCAGAUUUCCUCAUUCCCCGUCGACACUAUUGAGCUACUCUGUCGGUUAAUGGCGACACAUAAAGUUGUCCCACCCUGACAGACUAGCCGUUGGUCCGUCGGUCAGCUUUUGUCCCGACAGACAUCCAAUCUGUGUGGGAUCGAUCCAUCCGAGCGGUGUGUAAUUGAAUAUAUAUAUUCAAAAUGCAUGACGCAUAUGAACCAGUGCCUAUAUUGGAGAAGCUUCCUCUUCAGAUUGACUGUCUGGCGGCCUGGGAGGACUGGCUGCUCGUGGGAACAAAGCCAGGGCAUCUCCUUCUCUACCGAAUAAAGAAGGAUGCAGGCACCAACCGGUUUGAGGUGACACUGGAAAAAUCCAAUAAGAACUUCUCAAAGAAGAUUCAGCAGCUUUACGUUGUCUCAAAGUACAACAUUCUUGUCAGCCUUCUAGAGAACAACAUCCACGUCCAUGACCUCCUGACCUUCCAGCAGAUCACCGUGCUGUCCAAAGCCAAAGGAGCGACGCUGUUCGCCUGUGACCUGCAGCUAACCAGCACAGGGGAGGAAAGGUUGAGAAUGUGUGUGGCGGUGAAAAAGAAAAUCCAGAUGUAUUACUGGAAGGACAGAGACUUCUACGAGCUGCAGGGGGAUUUUGGUGCACCAGAUAUUCCAAAGUCCAUGGCCUGGUGUGAAAACUCCAUAUGUGUUGGUUUCAAGCGAGACUAUUACCUCAUCCGGAUGGACGGCCGAGGCUCCAUCAAGGAGCUCUUCCCCACUGGGAAGCAGCUGGAGCCGCUGGUCACCCCACUGGCUGAUGGGAAGGUGGCUGUCGGGCAGGACGACCUCACUGUGGUGCUCAAUGAAGAGGGCGUCUGCACCCAGAAGUGCGCCCUCAACUGGACAGACAUCCCUAUAGCAAUGGAGCACCAGCCUCCGUACAUCAUCGCGGUGCUCCCUCGGUACGUGGAGAUCCGGACGUUUGAGCCCCGGCUGCUGGUGCAGAGCGUGGAGCUGCAGAGGCCUCGCUUCAUCACCUCCGCUGGGCAGAAUAUUGUGUACGUUGCCAGCAACCACUUUGUGUGGCGCCUGGUGCCGGUGUCCAUUGCCAUUCAGAUCCGGCAGCUUCUUCAGGACAAGCAGUUCGAGUUGGCUCUGCAGCUGGCGAUGAAGGAUGAUUCUGACGGGGAUAAGAAGCAGCAGAUCCAUCACAUCCAGAAUCUCUACGCCUUCAACCUGUUCUGCCAGAAGAGGUUCGACGACUCCAUGCAGGUGUUCGCCAAACUGGGGACAGAUCCCACCCAUGUGAUCGGGCUGUACCCAGACCUGCUGCCCUCAGAUUACCGCAAACAGCUCCACUACCCGAACCCUCUGCCCUCUCUGUCCGGGGCCGAGCUGGAGAAGGCUCACCUGGCCCUCAUCGAUUACCUCACUCAGAAACGCAACCACCUUGUGAAGCAGCUGAACGACUCCGACCCCUCGCCGACCUCUCCGCUCAUGGAGGGCACGCCGACCAUCAAGAGCCGCAAGAAGCUCCUUCAGAUCAUCGACACCACGCUGCUCAAAUGUUACCUGCACACUAACGUGGCCCUGGUGUCCCCGCUCCUCCGUCUGGAAAACAACCACUGCCACAUCGAGGAGAGCGAGUACAUCCUGAAGAAAGCCCACAAAUACUCCGAGCUCAUUAUCCUCUACGAGAAGAAAGGCCUGCACCAGAAAG